UGCAUUUUAUUGGAACUCAGGUAGAAACAAUACAAAUGGCAUACAGGCAUUUGGUUUUAUGAUACAACUCUCUAUUGUACACUGCUGAACUAUUUAGCAUUGGCUCGUAUUAAAAGGAAUGACAAGAGUGCCUUUGAGAAAUAAUGCCAAUUCUCUGAAGACCCAUGUUGAGUAAUGGGAGCAAAGAAUGGCUAUUGACAAAAACUGGACUCUGUUGAAAUCAGUGCAAGCUACGUAUGAGCUACAAAUGCAAAAUAACAAUUUUUGAAAAGAUGGUUUAUGUUGCUUCUCCUCCUACUUUACCUGAAAAAUAAUUCUUAUGCUUGCUUUAGUAUGAUUUCAGUAUAUUCCAGCACUGAGACAGAAAUGUGUGAUCUUCCUGAAGAAAAGAUGUGGAAGACCAAUGAGGGGGCUGAAGAAAAUGAGAAGGAUGGACCUGGGGCUGAAACAAGGGUCCAUAGAGAACGAGAGGUCUGGGAGUAAAAUGUCAGAUAGAGCAGACCAGCAACAUCCAUAUAUAUAAAUAUUUUAUAGAAGACUGGGAGUACAGCACAGGCGGUGUGCAUCAAGAUCCUUUAACAACAGUAAUGAAUUACAGAGAAGAAAUUAUGAGCUUGAUAGUCCCAGGACAAUUUGAUGAUGCUGAUGCUGAUGCUGAUGCUUCAGACAGCGAACCCUCACAGGUUGUUCAGGCAUCUCAGCAGGAGAAGGUGGUCGUUAAAAUGCAGCAGUCACAUCUGAAUGAGGAAGCAGAUGUGGAUGAAUUUGAUGAGAGCUCUGAGGAUGAGGAAGAUGGAUGGGAUUGGGAUGACGAUAUAGGGAAGCUGACGAAGCGAAAUCCUGUGGCUGGAGGAAGAAACCUACAGGCAAAUAAACAGAUUCCCAGCUGCAAUGCAGCCAAAAUGUCUACUCCUACAGAUAAAGCACUAAGAAAGUUUGAGAAUAAAAUCAAUCUAGACAAGCUGCAUUUUGCUGAUUCUGUUAUAAAUAAAGUUACGGAGAAGUCUAGGCAAAGAGAAGCAGAUAUGUACCGGGUGAAAGAUAAAUCAGACAGGGCAACGGUAGAACAAGUCCUGGACCCAAGAACACGAAUGAUUCUAUUCAAGAUGCUUAGCAGAGGUGUGAUAUCAGAGAUCAAUGGUUGUGUCAGCAGUGGAAAAGAGGCUAACGUGUAUCAUGCCAGCACUGCAAAAGGCGAGAACAGAGCAAUAAAGAUUUAUAAAACUUCUAUUUUGAUGUUUAAAGAUCGGGAUAGAUAUGUGAGUGGAGAAUUCAGGUUUCGCCAUGGAUACUGUAAAGGAAACCCAAGGAAGAUGGUCAGGACAUGGGCAGAAAAAGAAAUGAGGAAUUUAACCAGGUUACAUACGGCAGAAAUUCCAUGUCCGGAACCCAUUAUGCUAAGAAGUCAUGUCCUUGUGAUGGGCUUUAUUGGCAAAAAUGAUAUGCCUGCUCCUUUGUUGAAAAAUGCCCAGUUAUCAGAGUCAAAAGCCCGGGAGUUAUAUCUGCAAGUCAUACAGUAUAUGAGAAGAAUGUACCAGGAUGCCAAGCUUGUUCACGCAGAUCUCAGUGAAUUUAAUAUGCUGUAUCACAGUGGACAGGUAUAUAUUAUAGAUGUGUCCCAGUCUGUGGAGCAUGAUCACCCACAUGCUUUAGAAUUCCUGAGGAAAGACUGUGCCAAUAUCAAUGAUUUCUUUCAUAAAUACAAUGUUGCGGUGAUGACAGUAAAAGAGCUCUUUGAGUUUGUCACCGAUCCAUCCAUUACGAGUGAGAAUAUAGAUGCUUAUCUUGAAAAGGUAAUGGAGAUUGCAUCUGGGAGAACAGUAGAAGAAAGGUCCAAUCAGAAUAAUGUGGAUGAAGAGGUGUUCAGGAAAGCUUAUAUCCCUAGGACUCUGACAGAAGUUAAGAACUAUGAGAGAGAUGUGGACAUAAUGAUGAAACUGAAGGAAGAAGAUUCAGCCCUCAGUGCACAGCAAGAUAAUAUUCUCUACCAGACAGUGACAGGGUUAAAGAAGGAUUUAUCUGGUGUUCAGAAGGUGCCUGCUCUCCUUGAAAAUAAUAAUGAUGAGGCAGAAUCUGAUGAUGAUGAUGAUGAUGAUGGUGGUGAUGGUAGCUCUGACAAUUCAGAGACAUGUUGUAAAGAACAGGAAGACUCGGGGCAUCAUAAAGACCAACCUGCUGAAACAGGUGUUGAUAAAAAGGAAAGGAAGAAAAUGAUCAAAGAGGCUCAGAGAGAGAAGAGAAAACAUAAGAUUCCAAAACAUGUAAAAAAGCGAAAAGAGAAGAUUGCAAAGAUGAAAAAGGGAAAAUAAAUUCUGGUGAUCAUUUUUAAAGUUUUUCACGAUUUAGUGAGUCACUGUUUUGGGGCAGAGUCCAUUUGGAUACACAUCAACAGAACACCACCACAGAGUAAACUGUUACCAGAUUUU